AUGGGUGCUUGCGCUUCGGUUCACAAGGACCCGGAGUACCCCAAGAAGCAGUUUCUUGACUCGCCCACAAAGGCGAAGGCAGCCAACGGGAAGGGCGGCGGCGGCGUUGCUCCGGUUGGUGAUGGCUUUGGUGACCUCAAGGCCAAGGUCGACGCUGAGCAGCAGCGGGCAGAGUUUAACCCCAAGAGCCCGGAUUCUGGUAGCAAGGAUGAAGUGUUCUUCGAGUCUCGAGCUUGGUUAGAUUCUGACUGCGAGGAUGACUUUUACAGCGUGAAUGGAGAUUUCACUCCAUCUCGUGGCAGCACACCCAUCUAUCAGCCCAGAGCGCAGACGGUGAUGAGCAACAUCUUUCAACCAGACACGCACAGCUCCAAAUCACCGGAGCCUUCUCCAACUGGACGUAGGAAGCUAGCUGAGCUCCUGCAGGAGGCAAUGCAAGACGGCCCUGAAGAAAGCGCUGACGAGGAGCAGCAGUUGCAAUCUGUUGCUGCAGAUGGGAAGCCGGUGUCUGAAUCCACAUCCAGCUCCGCUUGCAGCACUGUACCGACGCCGACCGCAGUCGCCAAGAGCCGGAAGCAGAAGGCGUGGUAUACCGGACGCUGUUGCCUGCCGAGCUUUGUUCAUAGCCUGACCUUAGAUGAGAGUGGGAGGGGUCAGAAGAUGAGCUCUAGGCCAUGUGCUGUUUGA